UUUGGUGGAAAAAGCCUUGCCUAAUUAUUCUUUACGAUUACAACAAGCCAACGCUUUUAUUUUUUGCCAGGAGGACGAAUAUAAGCCGUUAAACAUUCUCGCUCAAUUCAAUAAGGAGUAUUCCACUAUUAAAAGAUUCCAGGGUGGUAUUUACGAGCAAAAGUUAGUUAGCAAAGAACUUUGCGAAAGAUGA